ACAAGCAGUUAUAUACUUACAUUUAUAAUAUAUACAUGUAUAAUUUGUCUUAGAUCGUGAACCAACAAAGCUCAGCAAAAAAUCAUGUGAAAGACUGGUGGACAGAACGCUACAACAUCCCUUCAAAUUAGUAUUGACCUUGAUUUAACUAAACAUUUAGACCGUGACCGCACCUUGGAUGCUACACACAAAGUUUGUCUCUACCAGACUAAAACGUUGCGGCAAAAAUAGUAGAUAUUGGCCAGAUAGACUGAAAAGUAUGAAAGAGGCAUAUAUCCGUCUAUCUGACCAAUUCUACUAACUUUUUCCCAGCAACUUAUGGAGUCUGACUAGCAUAUUGUUGCUGUGACAUGUUACGUAAUAAGUAUGGUAAGUUACCCCAGUGAACCCGCAGCAGCUACUUCCGGUGCAAAGAGUCCAAGGUCCACAGCGCAACUCUGUAACGUUACCGUGUUUAUUACUGACAUUGUGUAAGCUGCAUCAGGUCGCACAUUGAAGAAUGGUGCUUCGCGUGGCCGUGAUCGGCGCGGGUGCAAACGGCCUGUGCGCGGCACGCUACCUGUCGACGGACCCUGGUCUCUACCUGCCGACGGUGUACGAGCAGACAGCGGCGGUGGGCGGGACCUGGGUGUACACGGACCGGACUGGGACGGACGAGCACGGCCUUCCUGUACACUCCAGCAUGUACACAAACUUAAGGACAAAUAUUCCCAAGGAAUCGAUGGCCUUUUCGGACUUUCCGUUCGACAGCAGCCUGCAGUCUUACCUCUCCCGCCAGGAGGUGCUGCAGUACCUGGAGGGCUAUGCCGCGCACUUCGGACUGAACAAGUAUAUUCAGUUCCUGACCAGAGUAGAAGCAGUGACACCUGUCCACGUCCAUGGUGUGUUAAAAUGGCACGUCACGAUCUCUGACGUCUCUGCUGCAGACAAACAGAGCACCGAGCAGUUCGAUGCGGUCAUGGUUUGUACUGGCUAUAAUCAUAAUAGUAGACGGGCCAACAUCUCUUUUUCAUCCAUCCCUUUCUACAGGCGGUAUUCCGUCCCGUAUGUUCCAGCCAUCCCCGGUACAGACCGGUUCCAGGGCAGGACCCUACACAGCCAUGACUACCGGGUCCCGGAGCCGUUCCGCGGGAGAAACGUCGUCAUCAUCGGAGCCUCGGCCUCGGGCAUCGACCUGUGUGUGCAGAUAGCUGCGGUGGCCGAGCGUGUCGUCAUCAGUCACUCCAACCCACCCUUCAUGAGGCCUCGCAGGCUCCCUCCCAAUGUCAGCCAGGUGAAAAGAGUAGAGAGUAUCAUAGGUCCAAACACUGUCAGGUUUAUGGACGGACAAGAGUUUCAGGCUGACGAUAUCAUCUAUUGUACGGGCUACUGUCUCAGCUUCCCCUUUCUCACUCCCGAAUGUGGCAUCACGGUGCACAGGGGCAGAGCGUUUCCCUUAUACAAACAUGUCAUCAACACAACCUAUCCUACUAUGUCGUUUAUAGGAAUCGUACAUCUAUCCCUAACCUUCCCUCUGUUUGAAGUCCAGGUUAGGUUUGCUUUAGGGGUGUUGAGCGGUAGACUGAGUCUCCCCUCUAAAGCAGACAUGGAUCAAGAAGUUGAUGACGACUUUAAAAACCGCCUAGAAGCGGGUUUGCCGCCACACCACGCUCACACUAUAGAACCACUGUAUCGCGACUAUGUCAAUGAGUUAGCAAUAGCGGCUAAAUGCGAGCCUAUCCCACAGACCUGCCAGCUGACGGCUGCACACUCAAUUCUUCAGAUGUUUGUUGAUCCGGUCGGGUUUAGAAAUGCGACAUACAAAAUAGCAGGUCCGGAAUCAUUUGAGAGGGUCCCUCUUCAAAGUAAGAAACGACACAAGCCUAAGUCUGCUCUGUAAUGUCACUGUUAAUUGAAUAUUUCACACUGUACUACAUAAUGGCACAUGUAUAUAUGUACCAGACUGAUAUUUUGAUAACAAUUGAACCGCCCUAAUUGUACACCCACGAAAGACAUGCAUGUAAUAUGUACGCAAUAUUGAUAAAAUGCAUAUCUACAUGAGAUAUAACAAACCCAUAACUAUUCUAUCUAGACUAGACUAGCAGAUACAUUCUACAUUGAAUACGAUUAUGUAAUGUGUAUGGCACACCCAAUUCCAAUGUUUUUGUGUACUUUUGUGUAAGGAUUUUAUACGAAAUGUACGAUCACGAUAGGCACCUGUUAAAUUGUUUCAGUUAAAUAAUCUUAAUACUUUAAUAAUCUUAAUAAAGAUUUAUAAAAUGGUA